CCACAAUCUACGUUGUCUCUCCGAUAAUGAGUCAGCUGUGUGGACAGCGAUAUGGACGGCGGCCACCCUGCUGCCGACAGCCAGCGGUCACUCUCGGUCGGAGCUCAGCGGUGAGCGGACCUGACGCCGCAAGUGUCGGUGAGGGGUGACCACCACGCAGUCAUCUGAGCCGGCUCCGCGAUGGUCGCGCGGUGGAUCGUCCUGUUGGCGGUGGCGCUGACCUCGGGCUCUGCCGAGCAGGGACCGCGCCAGCAGCUACUGCAGCGGCUGCCCGACUUGUCGUGGUCGCGUCUGUCGGCGCUAGAGCGCCUGGUGGAGACGAGCGGACACCUGUCCACCGAGGAGCUGCUGCGGCGCACCGGUACCCUGGAGCUGUACCAGGCCCUGCCCGAGGCUGACGGACAGCUGGACCGGCUGAACCUGCUGAUCGGCCUGCUGAUCGGACCUUACAUCACCCCGCUGGCCGCCUUCAGAGAGAUUUCUCCGCUCUGCCGCCAGCACAGCUGGCAGUACGUCACCAACAUCCUCGGCAUCAACAACACCUGGGCGCUGAUGAUGUUCGACUCUGUCGGCAAACUGCCCGACGGCAUCUUUGCUGGCAACACAAACCCGGUUGGCAUCUGGGACGAGUGUCUCAACGUGGAGGCAGUCAUUGACGGUAUCCGUGAGGAGGAUCACAUGUUCAAGGGCAAGUACUGUAGACCUGAGUUCGGUUUGCUGACCAACGCGUCCGAAGAUGGUCAAGUCCAGCACUCACUGGCUGAGCUACACAACUGGUCUUCGUAUCCCAGCGGUCUCGGCAUUGAGCCGAUCUUGCCGCCGCUGAUCCACGUAUCGGGUCACACGGUGCUCAGCCAGCUGAUAGUCUCUGUGGGGCUCUGCAUCCCCUCCUCGUGCUCCGCCGACGAGCUCAGACUGGGCCUGGAGAAGAGGAUGCCCGGGGUGGCGGUGACGCUGCCCGACGGCAACUGCCAUGUUCUGGACCAGGAGACCACCUUCACCGGCGGCGACAUCGCCGUCAUGACGAUCCUCUGCGUCGUCGGACUUCUGAUGAUCGUGGGAACGUUCAUCGACGUUGUGAAGGAGAGCGCCGCCGAGGAUGGCGCCACCGUCAGCGUCGUUGUCGACUCCAAGUUCAGGGCGCGAAUGCCGUCGACACUUCAAAAGGUUUUUCUGGCGUUUUCUGUUUGGACCAACGGCAGGAAGCUGCUCGACACAUCCAGCUCAAGUGACACACUUGGCUGUCUACAUGGCAUCCGUUUUCUUUCAAUGACGUGGGUUAUUCUUGGUCACCAAUAUGUCUUUGGCCUUGGUACAGUGCCGUGGGCGAAUGUGUUCUAUAUUUUUGAUGUGUUUAACUCCCUGGCUUUCGCAGCUGUUGAUAAUGCCACUGUGUCUGUUGAUUCCUUCUUCUUCCUCAGUGGGCUUUUGGUAGCUUACAUUUUCAUGAGGAACAUGGAGCGGUCCAAAGGCAAGUUCAACAUCAUCAUGUACUACGUACACCGGUAUAUACGUCUCACUCCUGUUCUUGCAAUGGUUAUAGCCUUCGUCUCUACACUAUACAGACACAUUGGAAACGGUCCGUUCUGGAGCAACAUCGCUGAGAACGGAUCGCCGGAGGUUUGCAGCGAAUACUGGUGGAGGAAUUUGCUCUACGUCAAUAACCUGUUCGAUCCUCAGGAGCUGUGCUUGGGCCAAACGUGGUACCUGGCCAACGACAUGCAGAUGUUCAUCGCCUCGCCAAUCGUACUGCUGCCGCUCUUCUUCUACCCGAUACUGGGCCAGAUCUGGCUGAUGUUCCUCAUCGCGCUCAACGUGUUCGUCACCGGCUACGUGACUGCCUACAACGACCUGGGUCCUCAAGAUAACGGCAACAACGCGACUAAACUGCGCUACUUCAUGCCGUACUGUCGUUACGGCGCCUAUCUUGUGGGCGUUUAUACGGGCUAUUUCUUGCACGUCCGCCGCCGCCGGCCGCUGAAGCUCAGCCUGCCGGCCGUGCUGGCCGGGUGGACCGUCUCUGCGCUCACUGCCUGCUGCAUCGUCUACGGCAUGUACGAGUACACCACGGUCCCGGCUCUCGCAGUACCGUCGCGUUCGGUGGCGAUCAUAUACGGCUCGAUGAACCGGCCCGUGUGGGCUAUGUGCCUGGCCUGGGUCGUCAUCGCCUGCGUCCACGGCUACGGCGGGUUCAUCAACACAUUGCUUUCGUGGAAGUUUUGGAUCCCGCUCAGCCGGGUAACCUACUGCUGUUACCUGGUCUCCAUUGAUACGCAAGUCUUCUUUUACGCCACGCUCAAGUCGGUACUCUACUUUGACCAGACGAAUGCCGUUUACCAGUUUCUGGCGACGCUGUGCAUAGCUGUAGCUGUUGCAACCGUCUUCUCUCUGGCAUUUGAGUCGCCGAUGCUGGCGCUGGAGAAGAUCAUCUUUGCCAACGUUGGCACAGGCGCGCCUAAAAAGAAACCAGUGGAGCCGGAGCCGGUGGCGUCCAAGCCAGAACUGCAGACAGAACUUGCGGAUGGGUCGCCACAAGAGGAGGUGGAAAAUAAUUCCAGCUAGUUCCACGCUGAUUCUUGCCAUGUUAUCGAGUGUUCUAUAAGCAUGGUGAAUUUGUGUUUGUUGAAUUAUUCAUGAAUGGUGAAAUUUAAAAGGUGUUAACAUUAUUUAGGCUUGAUUUUUAAUCAUGGAUCACAAAUUUGAAAGAAGGUUUGUUUGUAAAUAUGUUAUAGGUAUAUCGCUGUCACGAUGCUGUCACGGGUCAUCUCAUACAAAUGAAUAUCGUUAGGAAGGUUAUGAAUAAACAGGCUCUGUCAUAA